UCGGCGUUAAGUGCAGAAACAAUGUCGGAAAAGUGUGUAAUAUGUGGCGAAACCGUUGGGUAUUUCCAUCGGAACCUGAUCAAGCUAAAGACGAAGUAUUCUGGCACCUCGGUGUGCGGAUUGCUGGAGCGUUUUAUAGAGCAUAGUUUGGAAGAUCAGCAGGACAUCUUGGCCGACUCGUCCGCUUGUCGGGAGUGCUAUAGCAAGAUGAAUGAAUACGAUGCCGCACACACAAAGGCGAAAAUAAUCCAAAAUGAAAUGCUCGAUUUGCUGAAAAACAACGACCUUGGACUGGUGGUCGUGUUCGAGGAAAAACCGUUCCAGGAGGAACUGCAAGAUCACCAUGAGAAGCCACUGGACGAUAUCUCUGGUGGAGCUCCGCUGGAGAUUGUUUUGGCCGGAGAACAACACAACCAGCUGUACCUUUCAUUGAAAUGCGGAACAUGUGGCAUUGUCUUCGAAGAUUUGAUAGAUGCGAAAACCCAUUCUUAUCAGAACAAAAACCACAUCAUAGAGGAAAUUCUGCCAGCUCUCAAAACUGAGGAGGAAUAUGAAGAGGAAUAUAUUGGUGUGGACUACACCGAUGCAGAGUUUCUAGAAACUGAUGUCGAAGGAGCGUCCGAGAAAGAAGCAGACCUCAGCGAUGCGCAACGGAACGAAGAACAAGCCGUACACAGUAUGCCUGUGGAAUGCUUCUUUUGUGACAUGACUUUUGAAUCGAGGACGGAGCGGAAGUUUCACGUGGACGAGGAGCAUUCGGCGAUUGCGGAGAACAAGUGCAAGUUGUGCGGCAUUGUUCUGAAAUCACGAGCCGCUCUCUCUAGCCACAUACUAAAGCACAAUCGGCAGUCAGACCUAGUGUGCACGGUGUGCAGUAAGACGUUCACCGUGAAGGCAACCCUUCAGCGUCACAUGGCAGUUCACACGCGCGAAACCGCUUACCAGUGUGACGAGUGCGGAAAGCGUUACAUCCACUAUUCGUCUUUCUACAUGCACCAACUGGCCCACAAGAACAUACGGUCCAAAAAGUGCAGCAUCUGCGGCUACGAACUCCGAUCAUCGUCCCAUUUGAAGCGACACAUGCGGGCUCACUCUGGCGAAAAACCGUACGCUUGUCCCGACUGUGGCCAACGAUUUGCUCAAAGGUACAAUAUGAGGUCGCACCUGAAUACCCAUCGGGGAAUCAGUCGGUCGCGAUACGUGUACCUCUGCCACCUGUGUGAUGAAACAUUCGAUCGUAAUAUAAAUCGCAAAAAACACCUCCAGAGUGUCCACGGGACAACGGUGGAACCUUUGAAGAAUACCUCUGCCGACAAGAAAAAGAAACUCGUACAAAAGAAGGUCGCUGUGGGCCCAAAGAAAGUUGAAAGAGCGGUUAACCCGUAAUACACAGGCACCGAACACAACACAGAACAGUGCACAGAAUGCGAUUAAAGAAGGCCGCGCAGAAUCUUACCAAUGCAUGCUUUGAAUAAGGUACGGUGAACAGGCGAAGGUAUUGUGCUGCACCUAUUUUGAGAUUAUUUUUCACAGCGUUUUAAUUUGACCCUAUUCAAACUCGUUAUCGUUACGCAAUAAAAAAUGUCUUACUACCUACAAGAUCUUCUCCCUCUCCGUCUUGAUGGGAUAAUUGAUCAGGGAGAUAUUUCGAAUAGAACAGUCAGGCAUAGUUUCGGAAUAGAGGUUGAAUUCACCGGACUUUUGUGAAUGACUACGACCAACGAGCACAGUUAAAGUAGAUGGCAAGUUCUCUAAUCCCUUCGAUACCACAAAGUGAUUGAACCGAGAGAACUGCUUAGCUUCUCUUCCUACUCGAACGCAAGACGUUCGC